AUGGAGGAAAAAGGAUUUUUCUUGAAGAAGGAAGUGGUCAGUUGUGUUGAAACUGGCCAAUUAGAAAUAAAAAUCAUCGUCUCGCUUCCUUUCCAGUCCCGGCCGGGCAGGACGGCUCCCGCAAAGGAGGAUGCCAAGAAGAAGGUCUGGUCCGCCGUCAACGAGGUGGUGACCAGAGAAUACACCACCAACAUUCACCAGCGCAUGCGUGGAGUGGGUUUCAAGAAGCGUGCCACUCGGGCACUCAGAGAAGUCCAGAAAUUUGCCAUGAAGGAGAUGGGAACUCCAGAUGAACGCAUUGACACCAGGCUCAACAAAGCUGUCUGAGCCAGAGGAAUAAGGAAUGUCCCGGCCGUCCGUAUCCGUUUGCGGUUGUCCAGAAAACCGAAUGAAGGUGACGAUUCACCAAACAAGCUCUAUACGUUGGUUACCUAUGUACCUGUCACCACUUUCAAAAAUCUAAAGACAGUUAAUGCGGAUGAGAACUAACUGCUGAUUGGCCA